UGCGCUCUGGGGCUGGACGUCGCCGUCUCUGUACCACCAUGUAAGGCAGCUCCGCAGCCUCAGUAGAUAGCCUGGCCAGCCGAAGCUGCGAGCGGCGCCGCCGCCACUCUCUCUCUCCGAGCUCUCCUCGUGCGUCCGACGAGCCCCCGACUGGCCCCCGAAAAUAGCCCCCUGCUUUACAUGCCCUGCGACGCCAGCCGUGUGUUAUUUUGACGCCUUCUCCGUUUCUCCGCACUCUGGUUGCAGUGACAUGGGUCGCCAGACUUGAGCCGCACACACUUCCUGCGACGGAUCAUCACGACGACUUAUGAGGCGUUUGUUCUCCAAGAGGCGCCGAAAAUUCGGACAUGGGAGUUUGCUGUCGCUCACACUCUUGCCAGUCACGCAGCAGCAGCACUCCCCUCGGCUAUAAUGGCCGCGUGCUGAAUACCCUUUGGCCACCCUCGCGCUCCAGCAGGAAUGAAGAAGCAAAAUGUGCGGACGCUAUCGCUCAUCGUGUGCACCUUCACUUACCUACUAGUCGGAGCCGCCGUCUUUGACGCACUCGAAUCCGAGACGGAGAAGAGGCGUUGGGAAGUCCUCGACGCAAUUGAGAACAUGGUGAAGCGCAAAUACAACAUUUCCGAAGACGACUACCGUCUGAUGGAGACGAUCGUGCUGAAAUCAGAACCGCACAAAGCUGGCCACCAGUGGAAGUUUGCGGGCGCCUUCUACUAUGCCACGACAGUACUCACUACCAUAGGGUACGGACACUCGACGCCCAACACUGUCGGAGGCAAACUCUUCACCAUGUUCUACGCGAUCGUGGGCAUUCCUCUGGGCCUGGUCAUGUUCCAAAGCAUCGGCGAGCGAGUCAACAAGCUCAGCUCGGUGGUGAUUCGCGGCUGCAAGCGGAUGCUGGGCUACCGCGACGUUGAGGCGUCCGAACUGAACCUGAUCUGCGUGGUGACCACCCUGAGCUCGCUCACAAUUGCAGGGGGUGCGGCAGCCUUCAGUCGCUACGAGGGCUGGACGUAUUUCGACUCCGUCUAUUAUUGUUUCAUAACGUUAACCACAAUAGGUUUUGGUGAUAUGGUGGCUUUGCAGAAGGACAAUGCGCUUGAGAGCAAGCCCGAGUACGUGGCCUUCGCUCUCAUCUUCAUUCUCUUCGGCCUCGCAAUAGUUGCUGCCUCUCUCAACUUGCUCGUCCUCCGUUUCGUCACAAUGAACACUGAGGACGAGAGGAGAGACGAAGCUGAAGCUUUACAGGCUGCUCAAGGUGCAGUAAGACUGGAAGGCGACGUAAUAACUGCCAACGGGUCAAUAAUUAGUGGUCACGGAGGCCGUAGAGGGGCCACCUCGGCUAGUGAGACUUCCCUGGCGUCCAACACGUCGGUGUGCUCGUGCAACUGCUGCUGCUGCCUGCCGGUGGUGCCGCACCGGCACAACCGGCGGCCGUCGCCACCCUCGAGCGACAGCUGCUGCUCGUCGCCGGCGGGCUCGAGUCCUCGGAUCUCCAGUUCGCACAUGAGCACGCCGCGCUUCCGCGUGCAGAACUCGCACUCGUCGCACUACGUCACGCAGCACCUGCUGCUGCGGCCGCCGCAGAAGUCGCACCCUGAGAUCCUGUACCUGCGCGAGCCGCUCACCGCCAUCUACUACCCGCCGUCCGACGACGAGCCGCCCCCGCCAAAGCCGCUCAAGCAGCGCGCCCCCAAACCGCCUCCCAUUGACACUAGCGCGGCGCUUCUGCUGCAGCCGCCCCUGACGCCAGAUAGUCUUAAGAGCUGCCCCUCACCGUCAGCCUACAGCCACCGCUUGUCCAUUUAAAUCAAUCAAAACGAUGUAAAAGUUUUUACUUUAUUUUGCAAGGAUCUGGAAAAAGACGGUUUUUGAAAUGAAAAAUUAACGCUUUUAUACUGUUAAUAUCAUUGAUCUCAUUUUUUUUAAUUUUUGUUUUUAAAACUUAUUAAUAAUGUUUAUAUUUUAAAUUUAAAUAUUGCAUUUAUUGAGAUUUGAGCCUGAAAGUUAAUUGCUUUAUUCAAUUUAAGUGAAACAUAAUCAAAAUAUUCAAUAGUAACAAUCCACCACAAAACAAAAAAAAUUAGGCCUGAAUAUUACAUCCAUUUCAUCCAUUGGAAGGUUUUAAGGAAUAUUUUAUUGCAUUUAUGAAUUAUCAGGGAAUUAUCAAUUUGAUUUUAGAAUUUAAUCUGAACCUUAAUAAUGAUGUAAUGGCCAAAAUUAAAAUAGUCCGUCUGUUCAUUAAGUUUUUGGUGAAUUAUAAAGUUUAUAACAUUAUAACAAAGAAAAAAUACGCAUCAAUAUUUUCAAAUUUAUAUAUUUUAUUUAUUAUAAGCAAAAUUUUGUUUUAAAGAUUUUUGACACUUUUUUUAUGCCAAUUUUUUUAGAUCUAGACAAUUAUAAACAAAGCUUAUAGUCUCUUGAUCUCACUCCAUUAAAAUUCUAAGAGUUGUAAGAACUUGUAAAAGUGAUUUUCUGCACAACCAAUCUUCAGAGAAACGUGUAAUUUUCUUUCAAUAAAUUUUUGUAAAUUUUAAAGCAACCGAUCUCACAAAUAUAUUUUAAAGUCGGAUGACCUUAACAAAAUUAAAAAUUGUAGAGGUUCGUUUAAAUUAUAUUGCCUGUUAUAAUCCAGAUCCUAAUUUUAAUUAUUAAAUAUUUCCUUUAGUUAGUUGAUUUUAAUACAAAGCUUCCAUUCCUAUAUUAUGUUAGAUUUUACACUUAAAUAUUAUUUUCUUUGCAUUUUUGCUUAUAAAAAAUGGACCGAAUGCAGUUAACGAGCCAUCAUAUCAUCGCUAGAAGUGAGGUGCAUGCAGUGAUAAAGUGCCACAGGAACCUAAUACACAAUGUAGUGACUGAAACAGAGCCCCUUCCCCUCUAAAAAGUGAAGAAAAUUGCCACGUGUACAUAAUAUAGCUCUUGAUUUUACACACACAAACACUAUGUAAUUUAAAAAUUAAUAUGUAUAAAUACGAUUUGAACGAAAAAUCACGGUUAAAAAGCCAUCUAGCGAACUGAUUUUGGCAUGACAAAGGUAGAAAAAUCAUUAGUGAGAGAAGCAGAGAAUUUAAAAAAAUAAAAUAUCACAGCGACCUUAGCGAGAAUUUGUAUAUUUAAAAAUCAAGAUCGAUCAAUUUGAUUCUUGGCAGACACACUUAGGUGAACAAAUGUAACUUGACACACAUACACUCUAUGAGGAAACCUUUUGCCAACAAUGAAGGAUGAAGACACCAAAAAAGUUUUUCAAUCGUCAAAGGGAGAGAAAAUUUUUACAUCAAUUAAAAAGGGAAAGGCGAGUCGGAGUUAAUUAAAUUGCAAUUAAUAAGACCAAUUUGUUAAAAAUAAACUUUCUUAUUGUGCAAAUUGUGGAGGUAUAUUGAGCUAAACAAAAUCUGGUGACAUAUUUAUUGGCUUUUAAAGUCUGAUCUGAGGUUUGACACUCACUGGCGACGCAUCUCAUCAAAGAUUCAAACACAUUCCUUUUGGUAGAGUUUAGAUAUAAACUUUUGCUUUGUGUCUGCUUAGUGGGUAGAUUUUUAUAACUAUUAUAUCCUUCUCUAGAGUGUUAUUGUAAGCCAUAAAAGAUACUAAUCAUUUUCUAAGUUAAGGCCUAAUUAGCAAUAAUUUUUUUCGCGACAUUUAAUUCUUAUGUUGGUCGCUUCAAUAUUAUAUAAUUAUAGAAGCUUUGAUGCUUUCAAGUUGUUUAGUUCUUCCAGUUUUCUGCAGAAUUGACACCUUCUGUCAAUCCAAAGUGAUCGAGUCUUGUGAAAGAGAAGCCGCAGUUAAAAAGCUCAAAGUAAAAAUACACAAAAGGAAACAAGUAAUCAGUCAACAGUUUUUCUACUAAACAAAUGAAUUAAUUUGUUUGCGGAUCGGUUAAGGUUGUUUUAGGAAGUCUCUUGCAUUUUUACAUAUAAAAUAAGCAAAUUAAAAAAAUCACGCAGAUUUUAAUAAAAUUCUGAUAAAGGACUUAAACUUUUGAAAAUGAAAUGUAGUAAAUCGCUGUACAUACCGGGACCAUGGCUGAUAGGAAAAAAAUGACAUGUGCACCGGAUCUAAUUGAGAAUAAGACAAAAGGCUUGAUGCCGAAACUUUCCGUUUCUAUAAUAUAUUUCAAGCAAACGAUUAAAGACAAAAACUGAUUUUGUAAAUCUAAUAAUAAUUGUUGUUGUUGAUUUAAAAUUAAAAGAGUAAUUAGCGUUAUGACGAAAAUGCAAAGAUCUCUUAUAGCUGAGCUACGGGCCGGUAAAUGUUUAAAAGCGCGCAAAGUACCAGUUAUGUAAAUGUUGAGACAAACGCAUAAAUUGACAAAUGAGGAACAUUUGCCGCAUCAGAGACUAACAAUGAGUUAAAUAUUUACACUCUAAAUUAAGUCAAUUUGUGUCCUGACACAAACAUUUUAAAUAUAUAUUUGUUGGUUCCAAACACACACGAGACGCAUCAUCAAAGGUAAUGUUCCAUGAUAUGAUAAUUUUGUUGAAUAAAAAUUC